UGUUGAUAACAGACUAAACAAUGUCGCCCCCUGGCGGCCCAAUUUCACCGAUAAACAAAAGCGACCAAUCACAGAAGACGUCACCGAGACGCUGCCUUUGAAUGGCGUGAGAGCAGACCAAUCAGUGGAAACGUGAAUCUCACUGACCAAUCGAAAGCGCACCUGGUCGGUGAAGAGGCGGGUUCUGGCGCUAUCGCAGGGUGGGAGGAGGGCCUGACCGAGCGAAGCAGAGCGGAAGGAAAAUGGCGGCCGUGGCUGCAGAGCCAGGAGCUGCGGUGGUUCCGACAACAACAACAGCAGCAGCAGCGGACGCUGAGGGCCCGCUCCAACCGGGCACGGGCGGGCCGAUCCGCCCGAACACCGAUCUGGAGACCGACGUGAGACGGGAGUUCUCCCCGGUGACGGAGCUCGUCGCCCCCCAUGUGAAAGAUGGGGAUGUGGCGGCAGAAGAAUGCGGCCAUGUCGGGCUGGAGCGGGACGCCGGGGCGGGAAAAGCCGCGGAGGAAAACCCCGUUAUCACCACCGAUAACGACCAAACAGUGUCCAAGUACCCGUCCCCGUUAGUCGGGCCCAGUGAGCGGUUCUCGCCCGCGGUGGUAGAGCCGGAGGCGGGCCGGAAGGUAUACCAGCAGCGCAUCCCGACGGACCCGCAGCCCUCUGCCGUCUUCCUGCACUCCUUCCCCGCGCACCCUCUUGUCACGGAGGCCGGCCUGUCGUUGGCGGAACCGGCGGAACCGACGACCAACGUCACGACCAACGAGUAUUAUCAGAAUCGGGCCGAGGCCAGGAUAACCCAGUCGGUGGACAUAAGCUUCAUAUCACUCACCGAACCGGAGCUUAGGCCCGGACCCGCGGAGGACGCUCCGGUUGCUGUGCCCGGUACCGCGGCGUACACGGAGCCAGCGGACGGCGCGGUGUCGGAUGGUAAUUCAGACCCGCUCUCCGUGUCGGAGAGCCGAGGCCAGACGCCCGCCGGAACCACCGCCGUGAACGUAGACACAGCUACGUGUUACAGUCAUAAGUAUGACUUCUCUUAUUCUCAGCAGAACUCUAUCGUCUCGGACGAGCUUCCAGUGACAAGCCAGCCCGGUUCGGUCCAUAACGUCAGCCCCUCGCCGGUGUCCCUCUCCCGGAACCGCCCAGACUCUUGCUCUUCCUCGCCCUGCCGCUCGCCAAAGCGGAGGCUGAUGGACACUCCGAACCACAAGCUGGAGAAGACUGCCGGCGAGCCGGCCGUGGAGCCCUGCAGCAUCGAAUCCAAACCUCCGGUACCGUGUCCCGGCGCUGCUGAGCCCGGCUCUGUGGAGCAGCUGACGCCCGGGUCCGAGGUGCGAGUCUCACUGGACCACAUCAUCGAUGACGCGCUGGUGGUUUCCUUCCUUGGGGAGAAGAUUUUCUCCGGGGUUCUGAUGGACCUGUCCAAACGGUUUGGUCCCUAUGGUAUACCCAUCACGGUGUUUCCUAAGAGGGACCAUAAGAACCGCCCUCAGCCUUCUAUGCAGCUUCACCAGGAAAUAGACGGGGCCAACGGCCCGGCUGAGAGGCAGGUGGUGCAGGACGUAGUCUCCUCCUCCCAUGCUCUCCCUCAGAGAGAGGAGCUGGAGGUGGAGGCCAUUGCUGCCUCCAAACCCCUCCAUCCUCCUGCUUCUCCUCCUCACCCCUGGAGCUCGAAGCCUCCUCCAUUGUUCCAGGAAGGGGCGCCGUACCCUCCUCCUCUGUUCAUCAGGGACACCUACAGCCAGGCUCUACCUCAGCCACCCCCCCGCAGGAUCCGACGGCCCCGACGGCGCUACCGGUGGGAGGAGCCCGUUUCCAUCAUGAAUGCCAUCAAGCUCCGUCCACGUCAGGUGCUGUGUGACAAAUGCAGAGGGGUGGUUUCUGCCGGUGGUCCCAGGGAGGAGGGCUCCAGAAGGAGGAGGCAUGGGGAGGGUGGGGCCUCUUCCUCCUCUUCUUCAGUGGUGGUAAAGCGGUUGAGGAGUGAUGCACCACGGGAAGAGAAGACAGGGCGGAGUGGGCGACCUGCUUCUUCCUCAUCAUCCUCUUCCUCCUCAAGCCGUGUCCUUAGGGGUGUGGCCUCAUCAUCGUCAUCUUUAUCUUCAUCCCACGCAACCAGCAGCGGCCGUGUCCGUCUGGAACGCUCCAAGACCCGGCGGGUACUCACUAGAGCAUCUCCCAGCACCCCUACUCCUCCACCCCGGCCCCCCCCUCAGACCAAGAGACAGCCCCGGGAAGUUUCCACCACUCACAGCCACGCCCAUACCCAGACAGUGACCCGGGCUGCGGCGCUGCAGCACCAGACCCAGAAGGUUCACUUCACUCGCCGCCUGCAACACCUCAGUCCCCCCGGGCCCUCUGCCCUGCCCCCCCGCCUGCGACUCAAACCCCAAAGAUCAGAGAAUACUGUAUGGGGGGACAACACGCAAACAAACAAAAAAGCGUUUAAAAGAAACGGGAGUUAAGGAGAAAAAAGACAAGAAGACACAGUUGAAUUGUGUAAAUGUUUUUUUCUGAUGUUUUAAAAAAAAACCUCUAUAAAUAAACUGUCAAACUUCCAAGAA